CUCGCUAAGCCUCGUCGCCAACCCCACCUUACGACUCACUAUAUAUAUGCCGUCUCGCGAUAUCAGUUUUUUAAUAGUUCUCUCACAUCACCGGUCGCACGCGCGUGUACGCAACGUACACGUAUAUUUGUGAUUUAGAUCGUUUUUAAACUCCUCAACAACAAUGUCCGGACGUGGCAAAGGCGGCAAAGUUAAGGGAAAGGUCAAGUCUCGCUCCAACCGUGCCGGUCUACAGUUCCCCGUCGGACGUAUUCACAGGCUGCUGAGGAAGGGCAACUACGCUGAACGCGUCGGUGCCGGCGCGCCCGUUUAUCUCGCGGCCGUGAUGGAGUAUCUCGCCGCUGAAGUUCUCGAGUUGGCCGGCAACGCGGCGCGCGACAACAAGAAGACCAGGAUCAUACCGAGGCAUCUUCAGCUGGCCAUCCGCAACGACGAGGAACUGAACAAGCUUCUCUCCGGCGUGACUAUCGCACAGGGUGGCGUGCUGCCGAACAUCCAAGCUGUCCUGUUGCCCAAGAAGACCGAGAAGAAGGCCUAAUAAUUUAUCUUCUUCUUGGUACCUACCUACUCGAUAUACUACUUAUCGAGAAAUAUGAACAAAAGGCCCUUUUCAGGGCCACAAAACUGUUCCAAUGUUAUUAUUAUCAACGAUACAACAAUCGCGCACAUACACACACUCUUUAUAAGUAGGUCAUUAUAUCGAUACAUUUACGUAGGUAAUAAUAUAUAAAUUAUAUACAGCUAUUGUAAAGAGAGAAAUUUUUUUUUUUUUUUCUUUUUUAAAUUGAAUUCAAAAACGCUUCAACCCGUAAUAGAUUACCUACCUAGUUUAGACCUAAACAGGCGCUUCAUAAUUAAUCGCCUCGUAUUUAUUAUUACUGGUAUACAUGGUGGUACAUUGUAUUAUAAUUGUACAUACAUAAUAUUACACACACGCACGCACGCACCUACCUACGUCUAAUAAUAAUUAUUAUUAAGAUACAUGUAAGAAUUACGCCUAUUCGCACGAAAUACGUAAACAUAAACUCAUUUUUUUUUUAUUUUUUUUUUUUUUCCCGCGAGCGGCGAGCGGGCCGGGGGGGAAUGGAUUAAACGCCGCACUCUCUCCCCUCUCUCGCGAACAGUAAUCGUUUGACGAUUGGUCGAAUUGGUUGCAACCGCUCGCCGCAGCCGCUACUGGUACCGCGUUGAAAAACUAACAAAACUCGAAGACCCCAAAAAAUUUGGCGCACACACUUCUCUUCUAUCGUCUCAACGAUACAUACAGCGGUCUCGUGCGUAACUCGUGUGUUUGUUUUUAUAAUAUAUAGUGCUCGCAGUUCGUUAGUUUGUACAAUAUGCCACCCAAGACUAGCGGCAAGGCAGCCAAGAAAUCCGGCAAGGCCCAGAAGAACAUCUCCAAGUCUGACAAGAAAAAGAAGAAGCACAAGAGGAA